AUGUAGAUUCUGCAAUAAUUUGAUUUUGACUUUAAUAGUCUUAUUAUUUAUCAAUUUAGCUACUGCUAUUAGUUAUUUUACAGUUAUCUUACUCUAAAGAAAAUUAAUCAUUACAAUUCAUCAUCAUCAUAUGGAUAAAUUAAUUAUUUUGAUUUUGAGAUAAAUUGUUUUGUAUUUUCAUGCUUUAAGCGCUAUGAAAAUGUUAGCAAUCAUCCAUUAUUACCUCCAUUUUACUUGCGUAUUUUAAAAGUUUUUACUUUUUUUUUAUUUCCUUCAAAUUUUUUUUUUAACUAAUUAAUUCUCAACUUUUAUCUAAAGCUAUUUGUAAAAAAGCAUUUGGUAAUGACGAAAGGCACAAUAAUUUUGCUAAAAGAAAAUAUAAAUUGUGAUUUUCUUCUUUUGAUUAGAAAUUUAUGA